AGUCCACUUAAAUGCAGCUCCAGGGCUGCGAGGCACCCACCAGUAUCCUUCCCCGUGCGAGGUGGCAAAUGCAACAUGCUCUCCAGCCUGGGGCGUCUACUUCUCUGUGGAAGUAUUGCACUAGUCCUGGGAAAUGCACAGAAAUUGCCAAAAGGUAAAAGGCCAAGCCUAAAAGUCCAUGUCAAUACCACCAGUGACUCCAUCCUCUUGAAGUUCCUGCGUCCAAGCCCAAAUGUAAAGCUUGAAGGUUUUCUUCUGGGAUACGGCAGCAACACAUCACCAAACCAGUACUUCCCUCUUCCCGCAGAAGGGAAAUUCGCGGAGGCUGUAGUUGAUGCAGAGCCGAAAUAUCUGAUAGUUGUGCGACCUGCUCCCCCUCCAAGUCAAAAGAAGUCAUGCUCAGGUAAAUCGCGUUCUCGCAAACCUCUCCAGCUGGUGGUUGGCACUCUGACACCAAGCUCAGUCUUCCUGUCCUGGGGUUUCCUCAUCAAUCCACACCAUGAUUGGACUUUGCCAAGUCACUGUCCCAAUGACAGAUUUUAUACAAUUCGCUAUAGAGAAAAGGAUAAGGAAAAGAAAUGGAUUUUUCAACUUUGUCCAGCCACUGAAACAAUUGUGGAAAAUCUAAAGCCCGACACAGUUUAUGAAUUUGGAGUGAAAGACAACGUGGAAGGUGGAAUUUGGAGUAAGAUUUUCAAUCACAAGACUAUUGUUGGAAGUAAAAAAGUAAAUGGGAAAAUCCAAAGUACCUACGACCAAGUGCCGGCGUACAUCCCAAAGAAGCUAAUCCCAAUAACAAUCAUCAAACAAGUGAUUCAGAAUGUUACUCACAAGGCUUCAACUAAAUCCCCAGAUAAGACUCCCUUUGGAGGAGCAAUACUAGUCCACCUUAUUGUUCCAGGUCUUAACGAAACCACUGUAAAACUUCCUACGUCAAUAAUGUUUGAGAUUUCGGAUGCACUCAAGGCACAGUUAGCUAAGAAUGAAACCUUGGCAUUACCUGCUGAAUCAAAAACACCAGAGGUUGAAAAAAUCCCAGCACGGCCCAUAACAGUGACUCCUGAAACAGUUCCAAGAACCACUAAACCCACUGUGGCUAGUGCACUAGAUGUUUCAGAAACAACACUGGUUCUCAGCAAAAGGAUCCCGGAAACAUCACAAACUGUUCUAAUACCUCAGUUUGAAUUGCCACUGAGCACUCUAGCUCCAAAAAGGCUUCCAGACUUCCCUGAGGCAAAAACACCCUUUCCUUUUGAGAAACCUGAGGGCAUCUUGGUUUCAAGUGAAAAGCCUUGGAUUGUUCCUACAGCUAAAACAUCUGAAGAUUCUAGAGUUCUGCAGCCUCAAACUGCAACUUAUGACAUUUUCUCAAGCCCUACAGCAUCAGAUGAACCUGAAAUAUCAGAGUCCCACACAGCAACAAGUGAUUCUAUUCUGGAUUCUGUCCCACCUAAAACUUCUAGAACUCUUGAACAGCCAAGGGCAACACUGGCUCCAAGUGAUAUAACACCACUUGUUCCUCAAAAACCGGAAAUCUUUACCCGUCCUGAAAUUCAACCUACAACACCUGCUCCCCUGCAAACUACAUCUAUCCCUUCUACAACUAAACGACGCCAGAGGCCCAAAAAGCCGAGACCCAAACCCAAACCUGAAAGAACCACAAGUGCUGGAACAAUUACAUCUAAAAUUUCUAAAAGCCCUGAACUUACAUGGACAACACUGGCUCCCAGUAAAACACAAUUUAUUUCUUUGAAACCUAAAAUCUCUCUCAGCCCAGAAGUGACACACACCAAACCUGCCCCAGAACCUCAGACUCUACCACCAUCACAGUCAACAAUAGUCUUAGGACCUGUAACAAAGAGACCCAAACCUUCAACAAGAACAUUAGCUCCACCAAAGACCAAACGACCAGGUCGUCGCCCCCGCCCUAAAACCACACCUAGUCCAGAAGUGUCCAAGCUCAAACCUGUUUUGGAACCUGCCACGGUACAACUGGAGCUCUUGGUGCCCACGAUCGCAUCAAAACUAUCGAAGAGACCUAAAACUACACACAGACCAGAUGUACCUCAAAUCCAGCCUGAUUCAAAACCACCAAAGCAAUUACUUCCUAAACCCCAAACCACAGCAAAACCAGACAUGCCACCAACUAAAUCCGUCUUUGACCCUGUUCCAUUUGAAACUGAAGCUCCCUUGAUCACCAUAGUUCCUACCACAGACAUUGAACCUAUAACUCUGAGAACUGAGGCUCCAGUGACAACAUUAGCUCCAAAAACAUCACAAAGAACAAGAACACGUCGUCCCCGUCCCAAACAUAAAACCACGCCACGCCCAGAGACACCUCAGACCAAACUAGACUUUGGACCUGUUACUCCUGAGACUUCUUUAGCUCCAGCAACAACAAAAAGAACCCGUCGUCCACAUCCCAAACCUAAAACCACACCCCAGCCAGAAGUACCUCACACCAAACUGGUUCCUGACACAAUCCUCAAACCAAUUCUUGGAACUGAGGCUUCAGAGACGACACGAGCUCCCAAAGUGCGUGAACGAACUCGUCGUCCACAUCCCAAACCUAAAACCACACCAAGGCCUGCAGCACCUCAGACCGAACUGGUUCCUGCUACAGUCUUUGAACCAGUUUCUCCUACAAAAGAGACUCCAGAGACAGCACUUGUUCCUGUUACAGACUUUGAACCUGUUAAUAUUAUAACUGAGACCCCUGGGACAACCUUAGCUACAAAAACAUCGCAAAGAACCCGUCGUCCGCGUCCCAGACCUAAAACCACACCAAGCCCUCAAGCACCUCUGACCAAACCGGUUCCUGCUACAGUCCUAGAACCUGUGACUGUUAAACCUGAGGCCCCAGGAACAACAUUAGCUUCCAAAACGUCACAACGGACACGUCGUCCACGUCCCAGACAAAAAACCACACCAAGUCCUGAAGCACCUGAGUCUAAACCAGUUCCUACUGCAGAGUUUGAACCUGUUACACUCAGAACUGAGACCUGGGUGACAACACAAGCUCCUAAAACAUCAAAACGAACUCGUCGUCCACGUCCCAAACCUAAAACCACACCGAGUCCUGAGGCUCCUCAAACCACACCGGUUCCUGUUACAGAUCUUGAACCUGGUACUCUUAGAACUGAAGCGCCAGAGACCACGGUUCUUGCUACAGUCCUUGAACCUGUCACUUUUAGAACUGAGGCUCCAGAAACAACAUUAGCUCCUAAAACACAACGAACACAUCGUCCACGUCCCAGACCUAAAACCACACGAAGUCCUGAAGUACCUCAGACCAAAUCGGUUCCCGUUCCAGCCUUCGAACCUGUUGUUCAUAGUACUGAGGCUCCAGGAAUAACAUUAGCUCCCACUGAACUGCAAACCCUUAUUUUGAAACCAGUGACAUCACCAAGCCUAGAAAUGACACGAAGUCAACCUGCUUCUGACGUUCUGGAAUCGGUUAUCUUUAGCACUGAGUCAUCAAAGGAGACUAUAGCACCUGCCGAAACAGAUUAUGUAUACCCCACUGCCAAAGCACCACUCAGGCCAGAGGAGUCAAAGACUGAAGUUGUGGAAUCUAUUACGUAUGUGUCUGAACCACCUGAGACCACAUUAGUUACCAUAGAAGCAUCACCUCUGCCUUCUCAACCUAUAAUCCUACCCCGCCCAGAUGAGCCUCAGACUGAACCUGCUCCCAAGCAGACACCGCGUGCUCCUCCCAAGCCAAAGACAUCACCACGCCCAAGAGUGCCACAGACACAACCAGUUCCUAAGAGGCCCCAGCGUGUUACUUCAAAACCAAAAACGUCACCAAGUCCAGAAGUAUUGUACCCCUCACCUGUUCCAAAGGAUGCGCUCCUUCCCCAUAAACCAGACCCCGAGUUCUCUCAGAGUGAACCUGUUCUGCAACCUGUUACCUUUAGAAUUGAGCCACCGAAGACAACAAUAGCUCCUUUAGAGACACGAGAAAUUCCUUUUAUACCUAUGAUUUCCCCAAUUCCUAGUCAAGAGGAACUACCAACUACUCUGGAAGAAACAGACCAAUCCACCCAAGAACUCUUCACAACUAAGAUUCCACGAACAACUGAAUUGGCAAAGACGACUCAGGCACCACACCGAUUGUAUACUACUCCUGUGAGGCCCAGAACACCAGAGAAACCACACAUCAGACCUGUUCUGAAUAGGACAACUACAAGACCCACCAGACCCAAACCCAGUGGGAUGCCCAGUGGGAAUGGAGUGAGAACAGGGAUCAAACAGGCACCUCAGCCAUCAGGUUCUGAUAGAGAUGUGUCAGUGGACUUGUACCACUCCACAAAAAGACCAGGCACUCGCCGCCCACCCCUGCCACCCAGACCUACACCCCCACGGAGAAAACCGUUACCACCAAAUAACGUCACCGGAAAGCCAGGAAGUGCAGGAGUCGUCGCAUCAGGCCCAAUCACUUCCCCACCCCUGAGGGCAACACUCAGACCUACUGGAGCCCCCUUGGAGAGGACAGAGACAGAGAUAAAGCAACCAACAGUCCCUGCCUCUGGAGAAGAACUGGAUAAUAUAACUGACUUUAGCUCAAGUCCAACAAGAGAAACUGAUCCUCUUGGGAAGCCUAGAUUCAAAGGUCCUCAUGUGCGAUACAUCCAAAAGCCUGACGACAGUCCCUGCUCCAUUACUGACUCCGUCAAGCGGUUCCCCAAAGAGGAGACCACAGAUGGGAAUGCCACCAGCCCACCACAGAACCCACCCACCAACCUCACUGUGGUUACUGUGGAAGGGUGCCCCUCAUUUGUCAUCUUGGACUGGGAAAAGCCACUAAAUGACACUGUCACUGAAUAUGAAGUUAUAUCCAGAGAAAAUGGGUCAUUCAGUGGGAAGAACAAGUCUAUUCAAAUUACAAAUCAAACCUUCUCCACGGUAGAAAAUCUGAAACCAAACACAAGCUAUGAAUUCCAGGUGAAACCCAAAAACCCACUUGGUGAAGGCCCGGUGAGCAACACAGUGGCAUUUAGCACUGAAUCAGCGGACCCAAGAGUGAGCGAGCCAGUUUCUGCAGGAAGAGAUGCCAUCUGGACUGAAAGACCCUUUAAUUCAGACUCUUACUCAGAAUGUAAGGGCAAACAAUAUGUCAAAAGGACGUGGUAUAAAAAAUUUGUAGGAGUGCAGCUGUGCAACUCUCUCAGAUACAAGAUUUAUUUGAGCGACUCCCUCACAGGAAAAUUUUAUAACAUAGGCGAUCAGAGGGGUCACGGAGAAGAUCACUGCCAAUUUGUGGAUUCAUUCUUAGAUGGACGUACGGGACAGCAACUCAGUUCUGACCAGCUACCCACCAAAGAAGGCUAUUUCAGAGCCGUUCGCCAGGAACCUGUCCAAUUUGGAGAAAUAGGUGGUCACACCCAAAUCAAUUAUGUUCAGUGGUAUGAAUGUGGGACUACAAUUCCUGGAAAAUGGUAGAUGCUGUACUUGGUGCUCAAAAGUACCUUCUGUUUCACCAUGGCAAAAAGAUCAUUGGAAACACUACGGUAUUUGUCACAUUCAUUUAAAGCUAUUUUGUUUACUAUGUAUAAAAGUCUACAAUCUAAUUAAUAGCACUAUUAGAUGUUUAUUAUUAGAAAAGAUUGCUGAGAGUAUUUAUCAGGUUUUACAAAAUCAUUUUAAGAAACAAGAUAUUGACAUUAACAGAAUAACAUUUUUGGGGAAGCUGGCUCCCUACUCAUGGUAUUUUAAGAGAUCAUUUGUAUAUUAUUUAUCACAUUGUUGUAAUGAUGUUUUGAGAUACUUUUAUAACAAAAUUAACAUCAAAAACUUAUACUUUUAAAAAAAUAUUUACUUUGAUGUGUACUCUUCCUAUGGGUGAGUUAAUUCCAUAAAUCUCAACUUAGUUUUUAACUUAUUGGAUCAAAUUAUCUUUAGCAUAUAUAUCUCUCUCUCUCUCUUAGGGGAAAAGGUCCUAAUAGUCAUGUUUAUUUAAACUUCAAUUUUUUAGCAACAGCUGGGUAGCUUUUCUGAGGAGUUUAAGUAGUUAUACAUUCAUGUUAAUAUUCAUUUCCUUAAAAUAUCUGCAAAUUAAAAAGAUUUAAUCAGAAAAUGUCUCUUCAGCGAAAAAAAUGAAGAAUCUGCUAUAUUCAGUUUCAAAAGAUAUAUUAUUUCUCUAUCUGCAAUUAUGUUACAAUGUCUGAAUAUACUUUGUCAAACUAUACCUUUAAGUAAUUAUCUUCAUAUUGUUUUUGUGAUUCUGAUCAAGCUGUAUGUAGAGACUGAAUGUGAAGUCUGAGCACAAAAAGAUAAUGCAUGAUGAGAUCCUUAACAUUUUAUAGGAUAUUUACUAUAUAUAUUUAUACAUAAGACCUCUAUGAAUGAAUGUAUCAGAGGAUGUUACUGUAACUGUUUCAAUCAAUCUGUAAUGAAAACCUGACUCAUUUUCAUUAAAAAAGGUAGUUUUCCUUCAGCUGGGGAGGAAGAUAGGCAUGCGUGCUGCCCUCAUCCUGAAAGGACCUUUCCCUGUGCUUGCCUUUCAACAUGCUUUGAUUUUAUCAAUGCUACAUUUUGUAUUUUUCAAACAAGUACAAAUUCUGCAAUAAAAAGAUGUAGUUUUUUGUUUUUUUUUAA